ACAGGUGGCGAAAUCAAGAAACAGGAGCUGUGUACUCACCUCGGGCGAUCGGUACGGGUCCAGAAAACGCUGACCCGUUGAAGGAGCAUGUUUCGAGGACGCGCUAAGAGUGCAUUCGACCUGACACGAUAAGCGUCGAGGAGAGGUGAGAUGUGAGCAAGCUGAGCAAGCCUGGCGGUCAUAGCACUGACAAAUAUAGUCGGCGUAGCCGAAUUAUUGUACUAUUGUGCGGCAUAUGGCGCAGGAGGACCUGCACCCGGAGAAGGAACGCAAUCAUAGGAAGGUGCCGCAACGUAUCGACUCCGCGAGAGGCACAGGCAGAGAGCAGCCGAGCAGUGUUAUGCGGCGUAGCGUGUGUUUCUGAAGUGGUAGGCUGAACAACCAACGUGUUCUGCGAUGCGACCACCAGAGGAAUCACAUCGAGGUAUCGAGCAAGAUUUUGCAGUGAACAUCGUCGAACAUGCUCGUCGCGCGUGUAGAGGCAGAAAGAAAGUUCACGGAAACGGCGGAGUGCGGAGAACAGACGCCCGGAUGGACUGGCACAGCCGUGAGAGACUCGGGGACUGGGUAUUGUGGCGUGUUUGUAGCGGUCUGGCAGGAGACGCCGACUACCACGCGUCUGGGUGUAUAUUACCCGGGGCGAACGCUCCCAACAUCCUCCAUAUCCCCCGUUCCUGCUCGACGUCGUUCCCAACAGCGCCGCCGCACAUUCCUUCAUCUAGCAGGCCCUAAGUAGACUCUCAGACACUCUCGUGUUUUGCACGACAAAAGUAGCUUCUCAACCAGUGCUUCAAGCUCAUCCUACUCAAUCCUGGAUUAUUAUCCGAAUUAUCAAGCCAUGGCGGCUGCUCAGCCCAUCGCCCUUCCUUCCACUUCGAAUGAUUAUGACCAUGUAAUGGGCUCCGGCUCGUUCACAGGCCAGAAUGGCUCCUUCAACCCUGCUUCCUACACCCGACGCUUCCUGGGUUCUCCAGCUUCGUUUCGAGCUGGCUCCUUUGGAAGUCGAUUCUACCCUGGUGUAUCUCCUGGACAGCUUCUCGGACCAUUAGAUCCCAAUGACUUCAGACUGGGCAAAGUCUCCUCAUCGAUAGAGAGCGAUCGAGGGUCUCUAAUGAAUGCUCUGAAUGUUUUCGAGCGUCAGGACGAGUUGUGCCGUGACUACCAGUGCUGUGGAGUAAAUCUCACAGACAUGCAUGCGCUCGUUGAUCAUUUCGAAGAGUGCCAUGUAGUUGUAGUUGAUCCAUUUGCUUCCCAACAACAGACUUUCCGAGCGCAACCCGCUGGUGUCGUCGUUCCUCAACAUCAAUACUUAUCAGAAUCUCAAAACCCCACGGUCCAGACUUACAGCCAAGGAUCGUUUGACCCUGACGAUAUGGAACUCGAUGCCGGAGACGCGAGCGCGCCUUCAUCUGGCUCCUCGUCGCCACCAGAUACACCAAUUUCCACGCCUCUUUCCUCGUAUCCCAGUGUUCAGUCAGCGUCUCAACAGGCGUCUACCCGACCGCCUCCCAUCUCUGCGUUCGAUACUACGACCGUACUACCAUCGCGCUCCGGGCACGCCCUAUCAGUUGGUUUCCCACCGAUGCGAUCAGUUCCCGUCUCUGCUGCCCGUGCAGAGGAUGCUUUUAACGCCUACGCUGGUUACUCCGACUACUCCUCUCAUCUCCCGGGUGCUGUCCCGUCGUCCUCAAUGCUCACCCUAAAGCAGGAAGAUCAAUUUGCCUACUCUGGCGGACCAUAUGGUGCUCGAUCCAACUGUGUGCCGCCUGCGCUUCUUCUGAACAGCAGUGCAGGUACCACACCCGCAACCACUCCUGGUUCGUCUCGCGUGGCGUCGCCAUCCCCGGGAUCGAGCAACUAUCCCUCCGUCGUGACUGCUGGCACUUCAACGUCAUCGCCUACUUCACAGGCUGCUCAGACGCCGCGGGCGAGUACCACCCUUUCUCGUCCCGCGACGUCGCUCCUCCUGUCCAAGCCCUUCAAGUGUCCGAAGCCCAACUGCAACAAAUCGUACAAGCAGGCAAAUGGUCUCAAGUACCAUAUGACUCACGGAUCGUGUAACUUCGCCCCUCCGAAGGACUUAGAGCAGAUUCAAGCGCUUCUCGCAUCAAAGCGAAGUCAAAAGCCGGAUGGCGACAACGAGCCUAUCAGCGAUGCGGAAUUGAGAGAAGUUGAGAAAGAGGCAGAAAGAAGGUUGCGUCCCUACGCCUGCGGCGUCGGUGAUUGCCAACGUCGUUACAAGAACAUGAACGGUCUUCGUAAGUGUAUCUCCUCAUUGCACUGCCCUUUCCAUAUGCUGACCUUGUUUGAUGUUGACAGGUUACCACUAUCAGCACUCCGGUGAUCACGGCGCCAUCGGACUCGCACUGCUCGCUAGCGGUCAACAUGAGUGUCUGCAACACACUCGUGCGCACUCGAGGACCACUACUCCCGCAACGUCGACAGCCCCAUCUGUCAACACAUCUCCUCACACUACUCCUAUCGUAUCGCAAGCACAGCCUGCUUCGAUUCCGGCUGUUCAGCAACCUCAAUCGAAUACCUACGUCGCACCACAGCAUGCGUUGACUAACCCUCCGUCCUAUCAGUCGCAGUCAAUGAUGCCCCCUGCGUACGCUGCACAGCCUCAACAGUAUGCCCACUACGUGCCGCAACAGCAGCAGGCUGCUACCGGGUUGCAACACCACCAGCACUAUCAACACCAACAACCACAACAAAUGUCAUACACGGUGCAACCCAUCCAACGUUGUUCGCCCUGAGACACUACAAAAGUAUUCAGUAGAGGGGUUGCGUAGAGCGAACGAAUCCUCGUGAUCGCCUUGCAUACCCUUCUCCUCUCUACUCUUCUUUUCUCGACUACCCUGAUAAUCGAUCGUUUGGUCGGAACCACGUCUCGUGUCGUCGUUGGACCUUCUUUGAUCUCGUUGUAAUAUCACCGUCCUCUUAUCUCCUCCGCCCGCAUCCUUCCUCACGACGUCGACCGGGCUUCCGCACCAAAAGUAUACACAUACCUUGGUUGUUUGUUAAUCCCUUUUUAUCUCGCCUUUGCUCUAUAGCGUCUCACCUCUCUGUUGUGUUGUCAUAAUACUCGUUGUUUGUACAUUUCCCUCUUAUCUCUCCUUAUGCUCGACACCGUUACAUAUCCAGGGUCGAGAAGACUUGUGUCAUUGGUGGUCCUUUGGUAGUUACUCUUGGUUCGCCUACUAUUCUCGCCUGUUACUCGUUACAUGGUCCUCUCUUCCCUUACUCAUUGUUUGCAUAAUACUUGAUGCUGUAAUGUAAUGUGCUGUUGAAACAUCUCCCUCGUUGCUCCCGUUCCCCUCACUCUCAUGCCUCGCGAUGUUUCGUAGU